ACAAAGUAACUUUUUAAUAAACGACGACGUAUAAUCUAAUGUAAUGGCUAAUGCAUGCGAAUAGAGGGCGUAAGGGACUAGGGAGUGGAGAGAGCAGAAGCCGGUGGAGAGAGAGGGCAGCCAAAGAGAAGGAAAAGAGAGAGAGGAGAAGAAGAAGAAGAUGGGGGGAGGAAUGGAGGCGAACAAGAACAAGUUUAUAGAGGACUGGGGCAGUGCCCGUGAGAACCUCGAGCACAACUUCCGCUGGACUCGCCGCAACUUCGCCCUCGUCGGCAUCUUCGGUCUCGUCGUCCCCAUCCUCGUCUACAAGGGCAUCGUCCGUGAAUUCCAUAUGCAAGAUGAGGAUGCAGGCAGACCGUACAGGAAGUUUCUGUGAGACUU